AUGAACCAGAGACUGAGAGGAUCGAUCCAUCGUCCAGACCUGAUCGCGGUCCUACUGUGUAUCGAAGCUGUCGUCGUCUUCGCCGCUCUCGUGUUAUUCGGCGUGGCGUACCCGGAUCGCUUCCGCUCGCGACUCUGGAGGAACGGCGGCGAGGAAGGAUGGUGUUCGAACCCGAGACUACGGAUAUACUUUUAUGCCAACCACGAAGAGCCGCCCGAGAUACCCUUGAUAUGGAGCCAGAGGUUAACAACCUCCAACAUGGCCACCGCGGUCCUCGGAGCGACGAUUUUCUUCGCCCGUCUAACGAUGGCGACCCUACAAUACGAAGCCCGAUGGACGAACCUCGCAUACGACGCCUUCCUCAGCGUUCUGUGGGCCUGCAGUGCCGCUGCGCAGAACGGACCCGAUCUAAGCGACACUCAUCACCUCAGCGAGAGGCCAUGGUAUCUCACCCGAAGCUGUGACGAAGCGUGGCUAGAGAAUCGUGGCUGGUGCAGAAUUGCGAAGUGGGAAUAUGCCUGGUCUAUCUUUGCUGCCUGGGCGUUAUACGAGAAAGGAAGAAGAGAUGGAAUGAGCACAGGGUGCAAGGCGCUAUCCUUAUCAGAGUGCGAUCUGUGGACAGAGGAGUGCGAAAUUGCGUUGUACAAGGAUGAUGCGCAGCAGUAUGACUGGGUGUCAUAUGGAUCUGGCGUCGUACAUGUUAACGACAGGUCAGCGCAGACGGCAUUCAGGUGA